AUGAUCAAGAAAGCAAGUAAAACGGCGCAUUUUAGACUAGUGAUCCACAACGGAAAGGCGUACGUUAAGAGAUACAGAAAGUCAAUCCAAACAAGAGAUGAUUUUACUCUGUGGGGAAUCGUACAGUUGUUACGGUGGUACCCUAAUAGAUUACCCGAUCUCGACCUUAUGUUCGACGCUGAUGAUCGCCCCGUCGUUCGAUCUGUUGACUUUUCAGGUCAAAACAAAGAACCACCUCCACUUUUCCGUUAUUGCUCUGAUGACGUCAGCUUGGAUAUAGUCUUCCCUGAUUGGUCCUUUUGGGGGUGGGCUGAAGUCAACAUAAAGCCAUGGGUAAAGUCGUUGGAGGCAAUUAAAAAAGGAAACAAUAUGACGCAAUGGAAUGAACGCGUGGCGUAUGCUUAUUGGAGAGGUAAUCCUUAUGUGGACCCCACAAGAGGAGAUCUUAUGAAGUGUAAUGUUUCGGAACAUGAAGAUUGGAAUACUCGUCUCUAUAUUCAGGAUUGGGAUAAAGAAUCAAAAGAAGGAUUCAAGAACUCAAACCUAGAGAACCAGUGCACUCACAGAUACAAGAUAUACAUAGAAGGAUGGGCAUGGUCGGUUAGUGAAAAGUACAUAAUGGCGUGUGAUUCAAUGCCAUUAUACGUAAAACCAAGAUUCUACGAUUUUUACAUACGAGGAAUGAUGCCAUUACAACACUAUUGGCCAAUCAGAGACGACUCCAAGUGUACUUCUCUCAAAUUCGCCGUACACUGGGGCAAUACACACGUGGACAAGGCGCGUGAGAUAGGAGAGUUAGGGAGUAGAUUUAUAAGAGAGGAGGUGAACAUGGAGAACGUGUAUGACUACAUGUUUCAUUUACUCAACGAGUACGCGAAGCUCUUGAAAUUUAAACCGAAGAUUCCUUCGGAUGCGGUGGAGAUUACGCCGGAUAGUAUGGGAUGUCCCGCGACGGGUCGGUGGAGAGAUUUCAUGGCGGAGUCUAUGGUAAUGUCUCCAAGUGAAGAGUCUCCUUGUGAGAUGCCUCCUCCGUAUGACCCUCUAGCUUUAAAAGAGGUUCUUGAGAGAAAAGCUAAUCUAACACGUCAAGUUGAGUUGUGGGAGGACCAAUACUUUCAUGAUUUGACCAAUCAACCUUGA